AUGCCUAGAAAGAAAGAGAGAAAAAGCGACAAAAACAAGAAAAAACUGAACCUCGCGAGUCCUUUAACCAAAGCUGUCAUCGACGAUAAAGAAAAGAGUUUAUAUCAGAAGCAAAUUGGAUUUUUGAACGAGAAACUAGAAAGGUUUCAGAUCAAAUGUGCUGAACUGGAGAAGCAGAACAAAUUGCUAAUUUCUCAGUACAGCUCACUGGACACGGAGAAGAAGGAUGUUACAGAGUACCUGAAACGCACACUCUCUGAAAAGGAGGACGAGGCUGAUGAUCUCCUGCAGCGUCUGGAGGCUCAACGUCAGGCUGCUGUCCAGGAGAAACAGUCCUUGCAGCUGAAACACGACAAACUGAGGCAGGAACUAGACGCCCAAAUUAAUGAACUUAAUGAAAAAAACGCAGUGCUCGUAAAGAAACUUGUUGAUCUGGAAGAGUUUCAGAGGCAAAAGGAUGAACUGAUGAUAAAGCUUCAAAAUCUAGAGAAGCAGCUGGAAUGCCAACAAGAAAAACACAAGGAUGAGAUCCACAGCCUGGAGAUGAAGGAUCUGCUGGAAAAGAGGAAGUUAAGGUUGGAGAUGGAAAGUGAAGUAGCAGCUAUGUCAUCCAAGGUCCAGCUUCUAGUGGAACAGAAGCUUCCGGAGAAGAUCAGGUCUGUGCUUCAGGAGAACACUGAGCUGAAGACUCGUCUCAGCAAGCUGUCAGAGGCGACCGAGUCCCUGCUGGAGGAGAACACGUCUCUGAGGGAACGCCGCAGACAGCUCAGCGUCGACAACGACAUCCUGGAGCAAACGGUCCGUGAGACGUCUCGGAUCAGCUGCGUCUGCAGGAAGGAGGUGCAGCAGCUUAGGGGAAAGUUUCAGCAGCUUCAGGAGGAUGUCAGUGAAAAGCAGCAGCAACUGGAGCAGCUUCAAACUGAGCACACACGAGUCCUGGCCGACAUGGAGGCACUCAGACUGGACCGGGCCUCUCUGUCCGCAGAGUGGAGCAGUAGCCGGAUGGAAAGAAAUCAGCUGGAGGUGAAGCUGAAAGACGAGAGAAGGAGGAAGAACAGGAUGAGGAGCAUCAUGCAGGACGCAGCAAACAGUCUCCUACAGGUGCUGAAGGAGGCUCCAACACAACAGCAGGACGUGGACGCUGUCCCCCCGUGGAGGAGGACACUGCAGAACCUGCAGGAGCUGCUGAACCGACAAUCAAUCAGAGCUCCGUCUGCACAGAGAGAGCUGCAGAAAUCUGACCCAGAUUCAACACGAGCAGAGCGCCUGGAUCCAGGUCGGAGUUUUCUGUCCCAGCCGUCCCGUCAGAAAGCUCGUGAUUCCCGCCUCCUUCCUCAACCCGCAGUGAAACCCAGAGACUCCCUCUGUAGGACAGGAGCCGCAUCGAGCAGCAGCCUCUCAUCUCUGCCCAGGAAACCCAUGAUUCUGAGGAGCUCCAGAUCGGCCACCAUUUCUCGUUCAUCUUUGGGAUCUCUGACCUCCAGCCUUUCACCAAAUCCAACUUUCUUCAAAUGAAUCCCGAGAACACCAGCAAAGAAUGGAUAAUAGGAGAAAAAUACAUUUAGGAAGCGAGGCGAAUCCUUUGCAGAGGGACACACUGUUAAUUGCCAUCAUAACAUUCAAACACAGAAAACUAUUUAAAGCUGCUGA